ACCAUUUAAACACAAUUACAAAAUCUCAACCUUUUAUGCAUGUAAAAAAGCUCACGUGCGUUUGAAGAUAUAUUUUUCAUUUUAUUUUUCGUUUCGUGUAUUUUUGUCAGCAAUCAGAGACAGUAGAGAAGAUGGCACCCGAGAGGAGAUUCGACACUUGGCAGACUAGCAGUGGGCGGGGAUUGGAGUACCGUCCUGGCGACUACUUCCCCGACCAGGGGUACAGGGAGACCCGUCCAGAUCCUCUGCCUCCUUCACUGCACCGAGACCUGCCAGAGAUGAUCAACCCAUACGAGACCACAACUGGGUCCACACAUGACAUGAAGCACGGGGGAGGGACCCUGGCCAACGAGAGGUACCAGAGGGCGGGAGCCAACUGGAACGUGCACUACGGAAAAGAACACAUUAGACAGCUGGAGGAGCGCCGGUGGCGUCCAGAGUUGACGAUGAAGAACCAGUCGAGUGAGAUGCGGGACAAGUACAGAGGCGACACAGGCACCAAAGACGUAGACUUCGAGGACACUACCAAAAUAGGACCUCAGGGUUUCCUACUGGAGAACCACCACAAAGAAGGACCCUCAAAGACUGGUCAGGCAUCGUCGACAAAUCCAGAGCUAUCGGGUCAGCCGUUCUACGUGAAGGACCAAGGGAUGUUGCGGGAACUAGAUCCCUACAUGAGCACAACGUACAAAGACCACAGGGCCUGGGACGACAUGGAGCUCACUCGGUACCCGAAGAAAGACCAGGCAACUUUCUGGGCAUGCGAGGAGUACCCCAAGGCGUGGGGACACGGACCCCAGUCUAAUCCUCUACCAAAACAGACAGUUCCGAGGGAGAGACCUCCGAUGAGAGACGCCACCUUCUUCAAGUCCCAAACCAGAAUACCCUUCUGGCCCAAGAGCGCAAAGCCAGUACCUAACGGAUCGUACAAAUCGGAGACUCAGAGCCAGUUCGUGACGCCCUUGGAGGAGAGGAUGAGGGAUGCCACCAUCUGUCCAGUUGAGACUCCCUACACCUUCCACGAACCCCCUCCCGAGGACCUUAACCUGCCACAACAUUACGACACCAGUUACAAGUUCUAUGGGAGCGAGGAAAAAGUACAGGUCACCACCUAGUCGAAAGAGAAGAAGUAACUAAUACUAGAAGAGCGAAUCAAAAAAACUUUAUGCGUAACACCAGAAAUUAUCUCGCGGACCACCCAAAAUUUAGUUGCAGAACACCCAGAAUUUACUUGCAGAACACCAAAAAGUCUAUUUGCUUGCAGUCAUGGUAAAAUCAUUAAAGAAGAAGUUUCGUGAGAAUAUAAGCAUUCUCUUGUUUUGCUCCAGCUGGAGUUCAAAGCUUAUAUAAUAGUGCUAUGAAAUGAAUAUUUUAUUGAGAUUUUGAUGAGUUAAAAUUAAAAUUUAAUCAAAAUCCACAAAAUGAGAUUUAAUUCGUGCAA